GUCAGUCGUGCUCUGACGUCCGUUACGAACGGUUGGAGUUCUGUGAAUUCACACAGCGAGCGAGCGAGCGAGACGAGCAAGGGACACAGUUCUCUUACUGCGUUCUCGGUGACAAAACCACCCCCUUUGUACGAACGGCCAGCCACUUUGGGAUUACGUCGUGGCCCCUGGCUGAGACACAUAUCAGUGCUAUCGCGGCAAACUUGGAUUACCAGUGCAGUGCUACGGCAAAUUGUGCUAUACGAUUUGUCGUUUCUUGUCGUUGCUGUUCAAUUACUGUGAUACGAGAACAUGGUGACCGGAGUGGGUGCCACGAUGCCGACUGGCGGUGUCACCGUCGGUGCCACGCCGCCGGCGCAACACGUGCCCCAAGAGGGUGGUCAGCCCCCUGCGCAGACCGCCACCACUACGGCAACCACCAGAAGAUCCGGAGAGAAUCGACGGAGCAAUAAACCGAUUAUGGAAAAACGUCGGCGAGCCCGCAUUAACAACUGCCUCAACGACCUGAAGACCCUAAUUCUGGAUGCCAUGAAAAAAGACCCGGCGAGACACUCGAAGCUCGAGAAGGCGGACAUCCUGGAGAUGACGGUUAAGCACCUGGAGACGCUCCAGCGGCAACAGGUUGCUCUGGCCGCAGCGACAGAUCCGAAUGUCCUGAACAAAUUCCGGGCUGGUUUCACGGAAUGCGCCGGAGAGGUUGGCAGGUUUCCCGGUCUGGACGCGUCGGUGAAGAGACGUUUGAUGGCCCACUUGGCCUCCUGCCUGGGACCGGUCGAAGCGAGCAACACCAACGCGCAAACCGCGAACCAGCAGCCUGUCCAACCGGCGCCACCGACGACGCAGCUCCAAGUACACAUACUCCCGCAAGUGGACGCCACGCCGAGGAUCCAGGUCCAACAGUCCAACGGGAUCUUCUUCACGAACGCGAACGGUACCGGUCUGCAACUGGUACCCACCAGGCUGCCCAACGGAGACAUCGCCCUGGUCCUUCCAGCCGGAGCAAAGGCUACCCCCGUCACGUCACCGGCCUCGUCUCCGGCGCCUACGUCGCCUCUGCCUACUCUGAUCCCGAUUCCUCAGAGAACGGCCAGCACGGCGUCCGCGUCCUCGUCUACCUCCUCGGCCAGCUCGACGUCCACCUCGGCGGCGAGUCCCAUCGCGUUCGAGGCACCUCCAGCGGCCUUCCGCGAGCAACAAGCCGCCUUCAACACGGCCAACAGCCACAGGGAUGUCGCGACGUCGCCGGCGAACGGUUACACCAGCGACCCGGAGUUCGACCCCCGCGUCUACAGUCCACCUCUUCAGAAACCUCUCGCCUUGGUGAUGAGGAAGAGCGUCAUGCCGGAGAUCGAAGACAAACCGUGGAGACCGUGGUAAAGAAAAAAAUCGUUUUGUCGUGCGUGACAAAGACAGUCUCGAGUGAUACAUAUAUAUAUAUAUGUAUAUGUAUAUACAGACGUAUGUAAAUGUUCUGAAUGAAGACACGUGGAUCGGUUUGUCGUUCAGCGCCCCGCGAGAGAUCCCGCGGAACACGGAUAUUGUUCCUUACGUAUUCGAUUUUAGGAUCGAGGAUUUGUCGGGUCGAGAGACGAGAGGGUGUCCUGCGAGUUUGGGAGAUCCUGAGAAUCGCGAGUUCAAUUCCCGAGUGCGUACAGUCGGCCAGUAGCCUAUGAGGCAGUGCCUUAUACAGUGCCUUGUAAAUAACCUAUUAUCGUUGAGUCGGUUCGAUCGUGCCGGAAGAAUGUAGAAAAAUCCUUUUUCGCCUCGUGGACGUUUGAUUUUCUCUUCGUUCGCGUUUUCGUCGUUUCUCGCGCGUUUACUGUCCCCCUACCGUGUAUAGUUUUUUCGCAUUCUUUCUUCCUUUCGCCUUCAUCUGUACAUACGUUAGAAGGAUAUCGUAUUUUAAGUGCCUUACGCAACAAGAAUCACCGAGGUCUUCCAUUCUGUUUCUUGUACCGUAAAAAAAAACGCCAAGCGAGUGUUAUAUAUCGUUGCAAGUACGAGGAACGUUUUUGUAAUUAACGCGAAUUUUAGUUUUUAGCUUUAGUUAAGUACCGUGCGUGCGUGCGUGUAUGCGUGAAGCCUGCGAGAAUAUGCGAACAACUGUCCUAUUUAUAUUUAUAUGAGUGCUGAGAAAUUAAAUUUAUAUUUCCUCUCUAUUGUGAGAAAUAGAAACGA